GAGAAACGCUAGCACCUACUUCUAUGACGCGGAAUAUCUCAGGGCGAGGCAAGGCUCACUUUACCUAGAAGAUUCUGAGAAUGAAUAUCUUAAAGAACAACAAUAUGUACCUAUGGUUAAUCCUGAUCUCUUGGUCGGGGAAAAGGUCGUAGAAAAUUUGGUUCUGAACUUCGGACCUCAGCAUCCAGCUGCUCAUGGUGUGUUAAGACUGGUACUCACCCUAAAUGGAGAGCAUGUGGUACGAUGUGACCCACAUAUUGGACUCCUGCACAGAGCUACAGAAAAGUUGAUCGAGCAUAAAACAUACUUGCAGGCAUUGCCAUACUUUGACCGUUUGGACUAUGUAUCUAUGAUGUGUAAUGAACAAACAUACAGUCUGGCAGUGGAGAAACUUUUGAACAUAGAAGUUCCAAUUAGAGCUCAGUAUAUUAGAGUGCUGUUCGCUGAGUUAACUAGAAUAAUGAAUCACUGUAUGGGUAUCGGUACACACGCCCUUGACGUUGGUGCAAUGACACCCUUUUUCUGGCUGUUUGAGGAAAGAGAAAAGAUGAUGGAGUUUUAUGAACGAGCAUCUGGUGCCAGAAUGCACGCAGCGUACGUUCGUCCAGGAGGUGUCUCAUUGGAUAUUCCCCUUGGUCUCAUGGAUGAUAUAUAUCAGUUUAUUGAGCAGUUUGGACAGCGUAUUGAUGAAGUUGAUGAUCUUUUAAGUGGAAACAGAAUUUGGAAGAGUAGAACUGUAGAUGUAGGGGUUAUAUCAGCAGAGGAUGCUCUACUCUAUGGAUUCAGUGGUGUUAUGUUGAGAGGUUCCGGUAUUAAGUGGGAUUUGAGAAAACAGCAGCCAUAUGAUUGUUAUGAUAAGAUGGAGUUUGAUAUCCCGGUCGGAACACGAGGAGACUGCUUUGACAGAUACUUGUGUCGCAUGGAGGAGAUGAGACAGAGUUUACGUAUUAUUCACCAGUGUAUAAACCAGAUGCCAGCCGGUGAGAUUAAGACAGACGAUCACAAAGUCUCGCCACCUAAACGCGCCGAGAUGAAGAACUCGAUGGAAUCUCUGAUACAUCAUUUUAAGCUGUAUUCCGAGGGUUACAAUGUUCCACCAGGUACCACAUAUGUUGCUACAGAAGCACCAAAGGGUGAAUUUGGAGUGUACUUGGUUUCGGAUGGAUCUAACAAACCAUACAGGUGUAAGAUAAAGGCGCCAGGAUUUGCUCAUUUGGCUGGGCUAGACCACCUUUCACAUACACACAUGAUGGCCGAUGUUGUAGCUAUAAUUGGUACGCUUGAUGUCGUCUUUGGUGAAGUGGAUCGAUAAUAAAUUAUUUACCUGACCUAAACAUUAUUUUAUAUUUGUGUGUGUGGGACAAGUACAUUAUUUAACAAAUAUGUGUCAACAAUUCAUGUGUUUAAUGAUAUAUUUGAAAUGCAGUUAUUAAUACAGAAAAAAAAUGUUGUUAUGGAGUAAUUUUCAUACAUAAAAGGUUUAAACAAGAGAUUAUUACUUGACGAAGACUUUAAUGUGAUUUGAAAUCAUAAGAAUGACUAUUCGGAGGAAAAAAGCUUGCUGUUUUGUGCUAAUAAGUUCACUUUACUGUGAUGCUUAUUUUUUAAGCUUGAUUAUUACCAGUAGACUUUAUUUUAAAACUGAGAAAGGAAAUAGAUUGUUUUGUUAUAAAUUCUAAUAA